GAGGGACAGUGAAAAGGGGACCCACAAGCUGUGGGUUGUCAUGGACACCUUUUUCCGCCGGCACUUUAGACUGAAAGGGGCAGAGCAAUGCCAACACAGACGGCCUGGCGUGGCAGUGCCCACAAGCAAGGCUCGCCGGCGCUCCAGUGUAGGACUGCCCUCUGCUGGCCUGGUCCAACGUAGACGCUCUAGUGUGGGACUGCCAUUCACAGGUCCUGUCGGACGCAGAAGGUCCAGUGUAGGCCUGUCGCCGACGGCUCAAGCCCAACGAAGACGCUCCAGUGUUGGCCUGCCGUCUGGUUAUGUGGGACGUAGACGCUCCAGUGAGGGCUUGGCCUGCGCUGCUCACAAGCAACGCAGGCGCUCCAGCGAGGUGCAGGGGUUACCCCAGGUUACCGGUGGGCACUGUUGUCAUGGAGGCGGGCAGCUAGUGAGGACCAGAUACUACAACAGGCGUCGCUCCAGCACCACCGUGGCCUGUGUCAACCCUCGCUUCUCUGUCCGCCGCCGCCAAGCCGCCAAGCUCCGCACCAUCGACACCCACCUGCUGGGGCCCUCCAUGCUGCUGGCCAGCCUGGUCCAGAUGAGUGAGGAGCAGCAGAGGGGGGCGCAGGGCGGAGAGGGGGACAGCUGCAGCACUGAGAGCUGCUCCGAGUCAGAGGGGGACAGCUGCAGUCCGAGAGACUGUAGCACCAGGUCGGAGGGCAGCGGGAGUGAACGAGAGGGGACUGAGACAUCGUCAUCAUCAUCAUCAUCAUAUCCAGAGGGAGAGAGGACGUCUCCAUGGCAGGACUGGAAUCCGGUUCAUAGUAUGGCAGCCUUGACGAUGGAGAGCAUCCAGCCCCGGCCCCUGAUCCGUGCCCCUCGCUGCCUGCGCCGUAACUCCUCCCACCUGCUGCCAGCGGAGGCGGUGCACCGUAGCAGGGCGGCCUACGGUGUGCACGGGCGCUACCGGCGCUCCAGCCUGUUACGGAGGCCCUCCACCAUCUCCAACAGUGCCUUGCCAGGCAGGCUAGUCCCCCCACCCAGACGCAAGAGCUCUAUAGUGGCCCGCCACUUCUCCCCUUCCCUGUAUAGGAACUGUUCCGCCUGCUGGAAACCCAGGGGCCGCAGGGAGUCCCUCAGCCCCCUGCAGGGCACCUACUACGACCCCCGCCUGGAGACUUGGAGUGGGUUCCUCUCGAAGGCCAUCGCUAAAUCGGGUCUACAGCACCUGUCUGCCCAGCCCAGUGCCUCAGCCCUGGCCAAGUUUGACCCAGACAGGGAGAUCCGGAGCAGCUGUGACUGGACCGAGAACGCCCUGUAUGGGGAGCACAUCUGGUUUGAGACCAAUGUCUCUGGGGACUUCUGUUACGUCGGAGAGCAGCACUGCUUCGCCAAGACACUGCAGAAAUCUGUAGCCCGGAAAAAGUGUGCAGCCUGCAAGAUAGUGGUUCACACAAUCUGCAUAGAGCAGCUAGAAAAGUUAUUCGACACCGAGGCUAUGCCCCAUGAAGACAGCCUGCUUAUCGAAGACCCCACCUUUAGAAUAAACUUUAGGUGUAAACCGUCAUUCAGGGAAUCGGGGUCUAGGAAUAUACGAGAGCCAGUCCUCCAAAGACAAGGUGCUCUAAAGUGCCUCAGGCGGAUGGCUAACUGCAUGGCCACCCCUGUCCUGAGCCAGUCCCAGCCAACGGUAGUGCGGCACCAUUGGGUCCACAGGAGGCGCCAGGAUGGGAAGUGUCGGCAGUGCGGGAAGGGUUUCCAGCAGAAGUUUGCCUUUCAUAGCAAAGAGAUUGUGGCCAUCAGCUGUUCGUGGUGUAAACAGGCAUAUCACAACAAGGUGUCAUGCUUCAUGCUGCAGCAGAUCGAGGAGCCCUGCUCCCUGGGUGCUCAUGCCUCUGUCAUCGUACCCCCUACCUGGAUCAUCCGGCUCCGCAGACCUCAGACCUCACUAAAGUCGAGUAAAAAGAAAAAACGGACCUCGUUUAAGCGCAAAUCCAGCAAAAAGGGAUUAGAGGAGGCGCGCUGGAAGCCCUUCAUAGUUAGACCCAUUCCCUCCCAGCUCAUGAAGCCGCUGUUGGUGUUUGUCAACCCAAAGAGUGGGGGAAAUCAGGGAGCCAAGAUUAUCCAGUCGUUCAUGUGGUACCUCAACCCCCGCCAAGUAUUUGACCUGAGUCUGGGAGGGCCCAAGGAUGGGUUAGAAAUGUACCGUAAGGUGCAUAACCUUAGGAUACUGGCAUGCGGAGGUGAUGGCACGGUGGGCUGGAUCCUGUCUGCUCUGGACCAGCUCCAGCUGAACCCCCAGCCUGCAGUAUCCAUCCUGCCUCUGGGGACAGGCAACGACCUGGCCAGGACCCUCAACUGGGGUGGUGGUUACACAGAUGAGCCGGUGUCUAAGAUCCUGUCUCAUGUAGAGGAUGGGAACAUCGUCCAGCUCGACCGGUGGAAUCUAAUAGUGGAGCCCAACCAGGAUGCUGGGGCAGAGGAGAGGGAUGAGCAGCAGACAGACAAGCUCCCCCUCGAUGUCUUCAACAACUACUUCAGCCUCGGCUUCGAUGCACACGUGACACUAGAAUUCCACGAGUCUCGAGAGGCCAACCCUGAGAAAUUCAACAGCCGCUUUAGGAACAAGAUGUUCUAUGCAGGGACGGCCUUCUCAGACUUCCUCAUGGGCAGCUCCAAAGACCUAGCCAAACACAUCAAGGUCGUGUGCGACGGCACUGACCUCACCUCAAAGGUUCAGGAUCUGAAGCUGCAGUGUCUGGUGUUCCUCAACAUUCCCAGAUACUGUGCUGGUACCAUGCCAUGGGGCAACCCAAGCGAGCACCAUGACUUUGAGCCACAACGGCACGACGACGGCUGCAUUGAAGUUAUCGGCUUCACCAUGACCUCUCUGGCAACACUGCAGGUCGGAGGUCAUGGUGAGCGGCUGAACCAGUGCAGAGAGGUGACCCUCACCACCUACAAGUCCAUCCCCAUGCAGGUAGAUGGGGAGCCAUGCAAGCUAGCCCCCUCCACCAUCCGUAUCUCCCUGAGGAACCAAGCCAACAUGGUGCAAAAGGCCAAGAGGAGGACCUCUAUACCGCUGCUCAACGACCAGCAGCCCUUCCCGGAGAGGUUAAGGAUCCGGGUGAACCGUAUUAGCAUGCACGACUAUGAGGCCCUGCAUUACGACAAGGAGAAACUCAAAGAAGCCUCUAUCCCACUGGGCCUCAUCGUUGUCCCGGGAGACAGUGACCUGGAAACAUGCCGCUCCCACAUCGAGAGGCUCCAAGAGGACUUCAUCUCCAUUCAUCCCUCCUUCAAACGACUGGUGCUCCAGGAGGAUGAUGGAGCUAAAUCAAAGACCCUUUCCUCGCAGAAGCUUUCGCCAAAGUGGUGCUUCUUGGACUCCACAACUGCAGAUCGAUUUUACAGAAUUGAUCGUGCUCAGGAACACCUAAACUAUGUGACUGAGAUAUCCCAAGACGAGCUCUUCAUCCUGGACCCGGAGCUGGUCGUCACGGAGACGGUGAGCACCUCACCAGGGAUGCCUGAUCUGGUUGAUUCUUCUGGUGAAUUCGCGGAGGCAUCUCGCAAGUUUGCCUUCCCAUCCUCCUCCUCUUCUCCUCCCCCCUCACCGGGUCCCAGGAUCAUGGACCUCCAGAAGACCACUCAAAGGAAGCGAAUAUCCAGUGACAGUUCGGUGGUGGAGGCACUGGCACACAGCGACUCCCUCAGGUCCAGUAAGCCAGCCCUCACCAGGGCUGGAUGUAUCCAUCGGUCUAACACUACUGCAGCUGAUUUCAACCCAAACUUGAGGGUGGAGAAGAAUACACUGUGCAAUACAGACAAAGUAUCACCAGAAGUGUUGAUUGAAUGUGUGAAGAGCAAGGACCAUCUGAAGCUGAAGGAGCUGCACAAACUGGGAGCUGACCUGUCAGUGCAGGACCACUCAGGAUGCACCCUGCUCCACUAUGCUGUGGACACUGGUAGCAAGGAGACUGUCAAAUACAUCCUGGACAAUGCACCCACAGACAUCCUGGAUGUAACAGAAAAAGAAAAUGGGGAGACAGUGUUGCACAAAGCAGCGUCACUGUGUCAGAGGACUAUCUGUCACUACCUGGUAGAGGCAGGGGCAUCCCUUAUGAAGACAGACUUACAGGGUGACACACCAAAGCAUCGUGCAGAGAAGGCCAAGGAUGCAGAGCUGGCAGCCUACUUGGAGAACCGGCAGCACUACCAGAUGAUCCAGAGAGGACCAGGAGACAGCCGUGUGACUGCCCUCUGCUCCCCUGACCUCCAGCACCACUUCCCUGUCACCUAA